AGUCAUCUUUUAUCAUUCAAUUGGAUUCGCAUGGGAUUUUUUUUUCUCUUAAGGCAUUUUCGGUAAUGUGUGUUUUUUCGCUUUGAUUACUCAACAAAAGCAGAAAAAAACCAAAAAAAAAAACUCAUUUAAAUUAGUCAAGAGUGCGGCAUAGUCGGGCGGCUUUGGAACAAUUUGAACAUUUUGAAAUCGAAAAAAGAGACAAAGAACAAAAAGUGCAGUGUAUUCAUAUUACAAUUUUAACUCUGUUAGUUAGCUGCAUUGUGUUUCAUUAGUAUUAAUUGCAAAUGGCUGCUUCUGUGAUUUAGUGAAACGUAGAUGAGAUAGAAGAUGCUUCGCACACAACCGAUUGGUGUGAAAAAUGCGAAAAAGUCGCAAAUGUCACCACCGAACGUCAAUGUAAGUAAAGCGAAAGGUACAAAGUCCGUGAAUAGCGAUAAAAAGUCGAGAGCAAGUGUAAGUGAUAUUGGCAAAAGUGGUGUCAAAUCCGUGCCAACAAUCAAAGUUCAAGGACAGAGCCGUUCCGAUAAUGUGACUCAUAUGCCGCUGAAUCCCAGUCGAUCCAAUCAAAUGGUCGACUAUGCCGACCGAACGCUUGAGCGAUCCAAAAGUUUUUUCCUCACCCGAAAAUUAUCGAAAAUCUACGAUUCUCUGACGAAUAGUAAAGAGAACCUGAAAGACAACAAUGAUUCCAGUUCGAAUACAAAGACACCGACACCGACACCGCUCAAAUUUAUACGAAGUGUCAGUUUGGCUGCCAUAUCACUAAAAAAGGAUUAUCGAAAUAGCAUGCGAAAGCCGAAAUUGGAGCAAUUGUCGGAAGAGGAUCAUCCGUUUGAUGUGCCAAUUGAGAAAACGAAGCGAAAAAAUGGGAAAAAAUCCAAGACUGCCUCCGUGGACAGUCUGUCAAGUCGUACGUCCGAAAAGUCAUCGGUGAUAUCAUCGUUCAAGCGUACAUUCAGUUUGACACCGUCUCGACGAAAGUUAUCAAAUCCAAAGUGGAGUGCGUCCCUGAUGAGCUUACAACAAAUCGAUGUUAUGAUUAGUUAUGAAGAUUGGAGCUUCAUCGAUUACGAUAAAUUCAACACAUAUGAGGAAAAUCUAAUGAACAAAAUCAAAUCAUCGAACCAAAUCAACGAUGUAUAUCGACCGAAUACGGAACGAUUUCCGGGUGUGAAAUUGCGUCCACGGUCAACUAACGAUAUGGGAAAACAACGUCGGCACAGUACGGUUUAUCAGCCAACCAUACAUGGUGACUAUGAUACAGCCAAUUGGUUGAAUGACAACCCAAACAAACGAUGGAGCAAUCCUUGCAUCGUACCAAAUACGGAAUACACGUCGUUUCCAUCAUAUGCUUCAGCUGCAAAGGUUCAAUCAUCGCUCGGUGUUGAUGAGUGUGAUUGCAGUGCGAGCACCAAUUGUUUAGAAGAAAUUCCAACCGUGUUGAUGAUGACGACGACAACCACGACGGCGACGACGAAAGUAGCUCGUUCCGUUGAUGACUUAACUGGAAAAUCUAAUGAGAAAACUGAUUUGCUAUUGCGAACGCUAAAAUCCAAAAGUCUGACGCAUUUAGAUUCGCUGGAACCACAUAAUUUGAUGCAAAACAGCGUUUUUCCAUCACAACACACAGAGGUGAACCAUUCGAACUUUUUCCGUAUUUACUUUGAUUUGAAUGCGGUAAACGAAAAGGAGGAACUAUUGCCGGCUGUGAAAGGAGCCACACUUGGACAUGUACUGAACGAACCGUUGCUUCGGCGAAAUUUAAGCAUUUCUCAAUUGGCAAUCUACGAACUGCCCGGAACGAGCGAUCUCAGAACACCGUUAACUCAACUCAGUCAUGUGAACGAUAGAACAGACACAGGAACAUUGGCUGGCAAGCACCUAAUUAUAACAGAGCAAGACGAGGCUAAGGUGUAUCACCCAACACUGCGGAAAGUUUCAUCAUUUCAGCAAUCUGACGCACCACGUCCCAUUCGACUGUAUUCGUCGGCAUCAGCUGAAGAGGCGACCGAAUCAUCACAUAAUUUCGACACAACAAAGUCCACAUUGACCACCGUAAAACCAUCAAAGCCACGCUGGUCAACAUUGUUUGGUCAAAAGAAUCCACACCAAGGUCAAUUGUGCGAAAUAUUGAACAGUUAUGCAAAGAAUGGUGUACCUCAAUCGAAAGCGUUUUCUUCGUUUGAACAUUCGGAUUUUGUACCAUCGCUGCAAUACAUCAACAACAUACAUGGUUCGUGGAAGGAAUUUGUUAACGUAUCCAAUAUGAAAGAGCAUGAAAUCAAAAUUCAGUCUGCCAUUUGGGAAUUAGUUACCACCGAAGUAGAUUACAUACAUGCGUUGCAAACGGUUACUGAGCUUUUUUUAUCCUGUUUGGAGGCAAUCCAAUCCAACCGAAUUUUAACGGACAUUGAUCAAAGCAAACUAUUUUCAAAUAUACGAGAGAUUUGUGAAGUGAACAUCAAGUUCUGGACCUUGUAUUUGUAUCCAAUGGUACAAAAUAGCAUACAAACUGGAGCAAAAAUGUGCAUCGACUACUUUCGGCCGGGUUUUGAAAACUUUUCAACGAUCUUUUCGCCGUAUAAGAUCUAUUGUGCAGAGCAGAGUCAAUGUCAGUACACUUGUAAAGAGUUAAAUGCAAGCAAUACAUUAUUCACAUCAUAUUUAGCGUGGUGUGAAGCGCAAAAACUCUGCAAUCGCUUGCGAUUGGCAGAUAUUCUAGUAAGGCCUACACAAAGACUGACUAAAUACGGAUUGUUAUUGGGAGCAAUAAGAAAGCAUGUGGUUGACGAAAAUGAUGCGGAAUCCUUGGACUUGAUGAUUCACUGUGUGGAAAGUUUUGUGUUCGGCGUGAAUACACACUUGACAAUGCGUCAAGAAAACGAGCGGCUAAAGGGUAUAAUGGCGCGUAUCGAAUCAUAUGAUGUUGUGGACACCAACAAUGAGAACUUGGAAAAGUUAUUGAAACAACACUGCAGCAUGUUUGACUUAUGUGGCCCGAUGAAAGGUUGUGCAACGCCCCAAGAACGACAUCUAUUUAUGGAAGGUGAUUUACGGUACAAAGACAGUACGACCAAGGUUGAUGUCCAUUGUUUCCUGCUGACGGAUUUACUGUUAAUCUGCAAGCCCAUCGCGAAGAAAGGAAUGGGCAAUUUAAAGGUGAUACGCCAGCCAUUUCUGACGGACAGAUUGAAAAUAGCAAUGAAAGAAAACACUCUAUACCUAAUUUAUUUGAACGAUUGGGAGCUGGCCACAUCCGCUUUUACGCUUCAAUGUUCCGAAGCACGGAAUUGGUUUGACGCCUUUACAAAAGCAAAACACAUUUAUUCAAGACUGAAACAAAGCUCACCAUUUGAUAGUUACAAUAUUAGAUAUCACAGCACGGAAACCCUAGGCAUCCGAAAAUCACCAUUGAACAGCUCAAUGGGAAGCCGACUGAGCAGUCUGAAUAAUAGCCACAGUGGCUCUGUGGAGUUGAACGAUUCGCGCAAUAUUUCAAUGGAUUAUGAAAAAGCUAGCUCAUUAUCAAGUGAUGAAAGUAUGCAAAUGUGUUCGGCCGCAGCCGUUCAAGGAUCAAGCGGACCGACAACGACAACGAACAAGAAACUGUUACAGUAUACACCAAGCACAAAGUACAGAGGCACAACCCCGAAUACGUUGCUCAUUCAGCCAUUCGUUCACUUGGGCCAAAGUUUGCCCAAUUUGAAUUUGAAUGCGUCACAAACGAUCAACAACACGCUGCUCGUACCCGGAACAUCGUCCGGCCAUUCGAAUUUAUUAUCGCCCAGUCAGCGCGGAAUCUCCUAUCCGCCUCCGUCGCCAACACGAGCAAUUUUACGUCGUGGAUUUGCAUUUUCGGCAUCGAUUAAGAAUCCACCGCUAUUAAAAUCUCGAAACAUUCAAUCUCAAAGCAGUAUAACGGCAAACGUACCAGUUCCAUUGAUUGGUGGUGCACAACCAGUGAUAACAACACCGCAAACAACCGAAACCACUGUUCAAAUCAAAGAUACAUCAAAACUACAGUAUCAUACAUCGAUAACGGGUCCAACAACAAAUCAACAACAGCAACAGCAACAGCAACCACACACACAAGUACAACAAAAAUUGAGCAAUGAAUCGAUCGAUUUGUCUUGUUCAAACCAAAAUCCGCAACCCAAAAACGAGCACAUUGUUUGACCAACGACUAACGCAAACUUGCAGCACAUCAACGGCAGACAAAACCAAAUAAAAAAUCGUAUUUGUAAUUACGUUAAGCGAUUAUGUCUUAUAUUAUUUUUUUGCUUUUGAGAUUGUGAUUCUAGUAUUACUCUGAAUUAAAUUUCCAACAUUGCAUAGGAGCUACUGGUAGCGUUUUAUUGCGAAUUGGAGCGCAAGUCACACAGGCCGCCGAACCGAGCCACAAACAAUAAGAUACCCAAGAAUAAGAAGAGGGAGAGACGAAAGAGAAAAAAAAGAAGAGGAGCAAAUAGAAAGAAAACAAAACGAAAACAUACACACACUCGGCGCAAGCAAAAUAGUCUUGAAUUCAAGUAUUUUCUUCUUUUUUUCCAUUGCAAGCGUCUAAUUGUUAGAUUUGAACGCGUUUUUAUGGCACGGAGUGGUGUGAGUUAAAUUGGAUAGGGAGAGAGAAGAAAGAAAGCUUCAGAUGAAAUACCCCGGAACGGUUGAGUUGGUUAUCGUUAAAGGCGAACUGAGCAUACUCGUGUUGCUAUACAUACCUUCCUAAUAUAACUCAAUGUCGAUUUGGUGCGUGAUAUUAGAGUGUUUAUUUCAAUAUGCCAGUGACCAGCGAACAAAAAAAAAAUCAUAAUUAGAUCGCAAGUAUAUUUAUACAAUUUCUCAGCUGUGCUUGUGGCAAUGUUAUCAGGCAAAGGAAAAAUCGAAACAACAGUAAGCAAAACGUGCAAAAAACACACACACACAUUUUUUUGACAAAACAUACGAUUUUCAAAUUUAAAAAAAGGGGAAAAAAUAUUUCGUUUCAAUAUUUAAGUGUAUAUUUCACGUAACAUACAAUUGUGUUUAAUACAAUACUAAUUCGUUAAGAAUUCUAGUUUCAAAGUGUAGAAUUUAGAUGGUGAUAGCAGAAUUCAUUGACAAUGACUACUUUGAGUAUUUUAAAUAAAUUUAAAGCAGAAACAAAAAAUGUAUUUACUUAGUGAAAACAAUGGCUCUAAAUAACAAUAUAGUAAAUGGAAUUAGCGUUGAAAGCACUACCAUUAGUUGAUAGCGAAAAUGAUGCACAAGAUGCAAACGAAACAAAACCAUAUGAAAUUACGUAGGAAUAGCGCGCGACGCGUAAUAUAGAGUCGCUUUUUAAUUGUGAAUGUGUGCAUGAAGAGAUAAUUCAGGCGGAUUUUUUUUUUUGGCAAAAUUUUACAAUUUUUACAUGAUUUGCUUUGUUAAACCAGAAAAGAACACGACCAAUAGCUAAAUUGGGUAGAAAAUACGUUUCGCUUCCAUGUUUAAUUUAAAAGAAAUUAUCAAAAAAAAUUAGCGGCGAAAAAUUAAUUUAAACAAUGUUUUUUCCUGGUUAAAAGCACAAACGGAAAAAAAGCGUCCCAUUGCUAUUUUGCAGGUUUUUGAAUGUGUAAUAAUUUUCUCCAGUUUCGUUCUACUUUCCAUUUCUUCCUGUCUCAAGUAGCAAGCAACGUCGAGCCCGAACAACUGCACUAACUAAACGAGUGUCACUUUGUUCGCUCUCCAUUCACAUUGUUCAAGGGCUGCUUGAAUUGAGUUUGUUUUGUUAAGCCAAAUUAAGGUAUGAUUUGCUUAAUAAUAUGUUGUAGUAUGAUUUAAUGGGAAUGAAGCUCUUUUUAUUCCAAACUUCAAACAUGCGCUUUCCAACAAAUGAAUAGAACUCUAUGUCUUUCACGAUUUUUUUUUUCCUCCAACGAAAUUCAUUUGUGAUGAUGAUGAUGAUGAUGAUGAUGAUGAUUUUUCUUCCUUCGAGCACAAAAAAAAGAACCAGAUGAGAGAGAUAAGAAUAAAACCACUAGACUAUCAAAAGGAGAAUUGCGUGUCAUUGCGAGUGCUGUUGUAAACAGCUGCAGCACUUAGUGAACUGAAGCUAACAAGCAAGACACCGGCAUUUUGCGAAAUUCGAAACAUUCUCAUAACACGGAAAUUACUAUUGGAACAAAUCACAUAAACAUAUAUACGAUAUAUCAUUUGAUAUUUUGUUGACAUCUCUGUUAACAACAACAACAACAACAACCAAACAUAUUCCAGCUACUAUCUUCAUCAUAUCACAUCUCACAUUUAUCAUUACAUUCGAUCUGAUCAAUAAAUACUACACAAACAUCACAUAUACAAGAUGAUUCUAUUUAUUGAAUGAGUUUGUUAUUGUUAUUGUUAUUGAAUGAACACACGCAAUACAUACACAACAAUAGUUCGAUAGUCGUCGUAUUUUCAAAGCAUGAAACUUUAAUUUCAAAACUUUUCUGGAAAUUGGAUCAUUUUGAAAUAGAUGAAAGGACUUCAUUUACGUAGAAAAAAAAAGUUUUUAAUUUUUUGGAAUUUUAAUAUAUCUAAAUAUCUGGUGUCUGACUCUCAAACGAACGGAAUAAAAAUGCGAAAAAAAAUCUUUUCAACAUAUCAAUAUUUUGAUGUAUGUAUUCUAAAAUCUGCAUAGCUUUAAAAACAAAACUCUAACAAAUAAGUGUAGUUAAAUUGGUAUGCAUUAACGAGUCACACACACGAUUUCACCGCUUUGUAUCUUCAAGUUAAUUCGCAGUCACAGAUUUGUUAAUAGAUAAAUAGAAGAAGAGGAUUAUACACAUGUUGCGAAUUGUACCUUUAUAAUGAACAAAGAGAGAAAAAAACACAAAUUGUAACCUUAAAUUAAGAGAUUGAUUUAUGUUGAAAAUUCACCGUUGAACAUGUAUACUCUUUUUGAGGCGUUUGGUCAAAAUCAUGAUUAGAAUCCGGUUUACUUUUUAGCAUUUAGCGACAACACAUACACAUACGCCCACAUCUAUCACACACACACACACAGAAAAACCCUAAAACUGUGAAUUUGUCACGAAAUACGAAAUUUGCCCGAAGCGAAUCAAAUGCAUAUUGUAUUUCAUGCGGUGUUUUCCAUUCGUUUGAAUAGUGAUUGGGUGUCAGUUACAAAUAAGAAGGACUUGAAACAAUUAUCACAAAAUGGAAUGAAGAAGAGAACGAGCGAAGAAACAGCGGCGAAAACCAUUUCAAUUCACUUUGACAUUGAGAUGUAUGUAAAUGUGAAACUAUUUAUCUCUGUUCUCGAUAUCAAAACACUGUUUAUCGUCACACAUGUAAUAUAUGAAUGAGCUUCACAUACCUGAGAAGAAAAAAAAGCACAUAGAGAUUACUCUUACCGUAGACGAAAUUCGAGCCAUUGCGUAGCUCUCUAAUUAUAAUCGGGCUGCAUAUGGAAUGAAUAUCAGUUUCUCCGAAAUUUCGUGCACAUCUCUUUGAUGUUACGUUUGCUUUAAGGGUUUUAAAUAGGGAGAGAGAGAGAGCGUUACUUCGAUUGGGAUGUGCAUGUCGCACAUGGGCGGUUCAAGCUAAUUCUCUUCUUCUCCUUCUUUUUUAUUCGUUCCAUUUGAAUAUUUUAAAUGCGAACGAACUUUUCAAUUAUUUCAAUAGUGAAUUUUAUUGUUCUCUGUCUGAAUUUGUCCAAUAACAGAAUUAAAACCUAGUGUGUUUCAUUUUGAUAACAUUUUGUGAUUCGAAUAAACAUUUUUUUUUGGUUUGGUUUGGUUUGAUUUGAUUUGAUUUGUAAACAGUCUAACAACGAUAUAGAAAUUGAUAAAACAAGUAAAUAAGAAAUAUAAAUAGCAUAAUAUCGAAAUGUUUCACAUCAUUCCGAUUCAGAAAAAGUUUUGUUUCUGUUUUUCCUGGUCUAAUACAAUUUGUUCGUCCUUCUGUUUAUAUUUGACACAAUAAAAUAAAUACGAUAUGUAAUUAGAACGAUGUUA